CCUUCUCUAGCUCAUUACCUUCCAGUGGAGUUUCACUCUCACCUUUGCUAGUUCUUCCAAACGAAGUUCAUCAUUCCCUUGUUAUUUCUGUAGCUUUUAUUUGCAAGAGAAAACGAAAAGACGAAGGAAAUGGCCGAUAAGUCGGAUUUGAGGUACCAGGCCGGCCAAGCUGCAGGACACGCCCAGGUGAAGAAAGAUGAGAUGAUGAACAGGGCUUCUGAGGCUUGUCAGCAAGGCAAAGAGGAGGCAGGGGGCCUCAUGCAGCAGACUGGUGAACAGGUGAAGCAGAUGGCGCAGGGAGCAGCUGACGCGGUGAAGAAUGCGGUCGGGAUGGACGGCUCCACGACCACCUCCACCACCAGAACCACCACCACCAAGCCAUGAACUGAUCCCAGUUUCAUUGUUUGCUUAAUGUGCUUCCUCUCUGCUGGGUAUAAAUGGCUUAAGUUGCUUUACUUGUGUUCAAUAAUGUAAUGUUGCUGCAAACUGCAUUUUGUCAGCAAGUUUCUUGUUUUGUUUCUUCUCCUUUUCCUUAGUAUGGAGAUCAUGUAAUGGCCUGUUUCGGCCCGAAUUUUGCAAUGGAUUUAGUUUAGUUGGUUUUGCUCUUUAUGUA